AGUCCUCGUCGUCCUUUCAGGACCUCCUGCUGUCGUCUCCUGAUAAUGAGCUGUUCCACGUGGUGGUCUACCUGGCUCCAGGUGACUACCACUGUUUCCAUUCGCCCACAGACUGGAGGGUGGAGCUUCGACGUCACUUCCCAGGCUCGUUAAUGUCGGUUAACCCGGGCGUGGCUCGUUUGGUCAAAGAGCUCUUCUGCCUUAACGAGCGUGUGGUGCUCACCGGCCAAUGGCAGCACGGCUUCUUCUCAUUAACGGCGGUGGGAGCCACAAACGUCGGUUCCAUCAGGGUCUACUUCGACAAGGAGCUUCAGACCAAUGCUCCGCGCUACAGUAAAGGAUCCUUCCACGAUCACAGCUAUGUUGCCGCCGCCGACCAGGUGUUUAAUGUGGCAGGUGAAGGGGGCGUGGUCUCUGUUGACGGUGGGGGCGUGGCCUUACAGAAGGGGGAGGCGGUGGGCGAGUUUAACCUCGGCUCCACCAUCGUUCUGCUGUUCGAAGCUCCCAAAGAUUUCAUCUUCAACCUGCAGCCAGGACAGCGAAUCAGAGUGGGAGAGGGGCUCGGCAGCCUCUGAUUGGCCGAGCUGCAGACUCAGGGGGAGGAGCCUGAUGAUGAGGAACUGCUGGAGACUCAUCCAAUACACAUUUUAGGAGUUAAAGGCCUUGUUGGUAAUUUUGUCUGUAACGAAGCUGGGGAGGACAUAACAAUGUUUUUAUGACAAGGAUUCAAACUCCCAGAAUGCCUUGUGCCUAAUGAAGGUGGAAAUGCCAAACCUCUCUCUCUCUCUGUCUCUCUCGGUCUCUCUCUCUCUCUGUUCUGUCUUUACUUUAUGUUGCUCGCCCAGAAACUGAACAAACAUUCGAUAAUAUUUAAUAAACAAACAAGCAAAUUGACACAAAGUGAAAUAAAAAGUUCUUCCGUCCACUGAAACACUUUGAAUGUUUGAAACUUUAUUGUCACUUCUUGCUGUCCAAUCAGAGCUGUUGACUGCUGUUAGCUGUCAGAUGUGUCUGAAGGACCUGAUUGGUGGAAACCAACAGGAAGCCUGUGUUUGGUCAGGAAGCUGUAAAAUAAUGCGAAUGGAUGCUAAAUGUUGCUUCUUUUGUAAAAUAUGUAAUUCUGAAUAAAUAUUUCUUUCACA